UUUACUGUUUUCAUCUGUUCCUCUUAAACUUCCAGAAAAUCCUUAACGUAUUCUUCCAAAAAUUCUAAUUCCUUCCUGCGAAAUUUGAAUACUGAAAAGACCUUUGAACUUUUGCUGAGUAUUAUUGUUCGAACAUCGUUGCCUCUAAUGUUAACCUUCCGGUUUUUCUCUCGUGACUUUGUUGAAAUCUUUCCUCAAAUUUUAUGACGAAGGGAAAAAUUUGCCCAGGGGCUUAUGAUGACGAGGAAGCUGUAGCGAGAGCAUAUUAUCUUGCUGCUCCAUGGGGCCCUGGAACGCUCACAAAUUUUCUUGUGAAAAAUUAUACGAGAGCCCUUGAAGAGAUGCAAAAUAUUUUCAAAGAAAGAGCAGUGGUUUCUCAAGGGAUCUCCAAAUACCGCCCCCCUCUCCAAGUAUGCUUUUGUACAUUCAUUUUUCUUUUAUAUGCGAAUGACAGCUGUACAAGGCAUGACUGUAGGUUAGUUACCAUCCAUAUGCCCCUUUAUCCGGAAAUACUGGUUUUAGUUUCUUGAUAUGUUAGUUAUCAUCCAUAUGUCCCCUUAUCCAGGUGUGCUUUUGUACAUUCAUUAUCCUUUUAUAUGCGAAUUAUAAGGCAUAGAUGUAGGUUACUUAUCAUCCAUACAUCCCCUUAUCUAGAAAUGUUGAUUUUUUUUUUUUUACUUAAAAUCAAGAAUAAAUUAAGUUAUCCAAUGGUGUUUGGACAGAAAUUAGUUAAAACUAAGUUUACUAUUUUUAGGCUUAGUCAAACUUUUUUCAUCUUCAACUCUUUGUGUGCAUUGCUAACUUGAACUCAAAGACUUAAUAUAUGGCAACUGUAAUUUGAUUUCGUGUGCAUUUGGGAAUUUUGGUCGAAGCACUUCUUUCGUUUUUAUUUUGCUUAUAUGCCGUCGACCCCAGCAAGCCCUAUUCAAUUGCCUUUUUGCGAGAUUGCGUUCAUGACAACUGGAAAAUGAUUGCAUUGAUUUUCUCAGCCGCUGUCAGGUUUAAAACUUCUUUAGGGCUAUGGAUGGGUUGCUGCACGUUCGUAUGUGGGUAGAGAAAUUUUUUGUCUUUAGUAAGAUAUCAAAUAGAAUCACUUAUAGUGGAUUAUAUACUAUACUGAACCGGAAGCAUACCACUACUAGAACUCAAAAUUUGUAACACUGUUUUAGAGCAAAAUAGGGGCUUUGCUGUUGAAAUUAGAGAUGUUACGUUUCUAAAUUGUAUGAACCAUUACAAUUUCUUAUCCAAAAGAUGCAAUUUGAUGCAGCCAAACAUGUUGAGAAAAAAGACACCGAACCAAAUUCAUUUCCAAAAACCAGCAGAGGAAAGCCUGCAAAAUGGUUUUGUUACCAGUUGGAAUAAAUAGCCUAAGCAACAUUUCUUCCAAUUUAAGCGGGGGUGGAAGAAACCAUUCAUCAACAGGCUGGCUGCUUCUCUGUACUUUGACACAAUUAAAUCAACGUGAACCGAGUCUUAUUUUGAAUCUUCUUAUUUACCAUACUAUGCUUUGGAGUUGGUUCUUUGCAUAUAAGUUAGAAUAUUGAUCUUGUCUUUGGGGUAUAGUAUCUUCAAUUUCUUCCCAAGUUUGUCAAUUCUGUUACUUCUAAUUGUUUUUUUUUUUUUUUUUUUCUUUCUCUCAUUGUUACUGACAUUUCUUUUACUUUUUUAAUUCCAAUUCUGUUCAAUGUUUUUUAAUAAAUAGAGGAAAGAUUUGCAUCUACUCUUCAUUUCUCUCGAAGGGAAAUCGUUCGAGGAAAUUGGAAUUUCAUUUUCGACUGUCUUCUUGAAAUUAUGUAUCCUACAAAAUACUUUCCACACUCAUGUACAGAACUGCAACAAUGCUAACUUGUAGAAAUGUUCUGCUUGAAGUACUCCCAUUCCCACCUCUCUUCUUUGAAAGAACUUGAAAGUGUUUGUAUAAAAGCUACAUGAGGUAUAAUAACUAUUUUUCUAGAAAUUAUAAGCAUCGUUAGUAGAAGAUAUUAAAAAUACUGAUAAAAAGCCAUUGGUCAACUCAAUAAUAAUAUUGUGUAUAGGUGAUUUUGUUUUCUUUUAUAUGGUUUACAGAACUCCUCAUAUUGAAAUUCCAACAAUGUGUUCUUAUAUUAAAAAAGUGAACCAUCCUUGAUACUAAUAGUAUUAGAUUUUAUAUGAACAAUGAAUUUUCAACGCGCAUGUCAUUCUUCAAUUUUUAACAUUUAAAAUGCUAAUAUUAUCUUAAAAAUAACAAAGCAAAAGGCUAGUAAAAGGAAAAAAGAGCGAAGACUAGUGAGGUUUUGGAUUUUGUUGAGGUUUACAGUUCUAAAGAAAAGGGACACAUUCAACCUCUCUCUAUCCAAUCCAAGUGGAUGAGAUUGUUUUGUCAAUUAACGUUCGACCCACAAUUUUUUUAACUUUCCACAUAUGGUUGAGAGAUACACCAUUAGUCAUGUGCUCGUCUCAUGGAUUAAAUGCUUGUUCAAUUUUUUUAUUAUUUUCAAAAGAUAUUUCUUCUAUUCAUUUUAAUCAAUAUAUUCUUCAAUAAAAUAAUAUUACAUACAAAUUCAAUAUUUUUUAAUCACAUAUUAUUCAUUAAUCUAACAUUUGAAAAUACAUUCUUAACCUUCACAUCAUAUGCACGUUCUUAGAUAUAAAUUAACUUUUACUUUACAUUAAUUUUUUAAUUUUAAUUUUUACCUGACAUGAACUAUAUAUUAUACUUCAUUAGCCAAAUUUCAUUCAUAAUAAAUUAAUAAUUUCAAAUUAGAUAAACAUUACAUAAAGAACAAAGGAAACAUGAAUCAGAGUUCUUUCUCUCAAGCAGGCAACGUUUAACCCCAAAUAAAAUAAAAUAAA